AUGAACGAAUCGUACGAAGAUAUAUUCAACGAUGCACUCUCGUUUAUCGGCGAAUCCAAAGUUCUAGAUGAAUCUGAAAUAUCUUACGGUCCUCUUCGGCUUACCGUUGCGCCCAAGGAGGGCAAGGCAAAUACCUUACUGGCAGACCAUCUCUUCUCUCCCUCCCUCUUUCUUGCAGAGCGUAUCGAACGAGCGCUAAUCUCUGUGCAAGGAAGUAGAGUCGUUGAAUUGGGUGCCGGUUGCGCGUUGCCAUCAUUAUUAAUGAGCACAUUGCCUCAACCCCCUUCACUUGUCGUCGUGACAGAUUAUCCGGACGGUGGUAUCAUGGAAAAUUUAAAAGAAAACAUCGAUCGAAAUCGGGCGCACGUCUCUGAUGGAUGCAUUACUUGUUGUCAAGGGUAUGAAUGGGGUACCGAUGCCCAUUCUCUUCUAUCUUUGACAGGCAGCGAGGCAAUGGGGUAUGAUGUUGUGAUUCUUUCGGAUCUUCUGCAUUUUAAUAGCUCCCAUAAUCUUCUCAUUGCUUCUCUCAAGUCACUGCUCCGGAAAUCUGCUGAUUCCCGAGUGUAUAUCGCAGCCGGAAGAUACACAUCUCCUGAUGUUUGUGACAACUUUAUGAAGAUUGCAAGCUGUGAAGGAUUCUCUAUCAAUGAAGAACUCUGUCCUGAUGGACAAGAUGAGCCUUGGCUUGGUGUCAUGGAGGUCGCAAGUUUUGACAAGCAGGCUCUUUCUGUUAGAAAAGCCGCAUGUCGAUUCUGGAUUGGACGUUGGGCCGCUUAAUAGUAAUAGCAGCGACUCCUGCCUGCUUCUUGUUUGCUUGAUGUCAUUCAGCACAUUUUUGUAGCGUGCUCGGCAGUGGCCGCUGAAAUUGACAUCAUAGUCACACUCCGUGACAGCACGCACUGUACGCGUUAUUUGGUCUUCUUUGACAACGACAUUCAA